GUAAGUAAGCUCCCUAAACCCUAACUGUCACUGCCUUUACCUUUAUUCUUCUUGUGUGCCUCGAUUUCGAUUCGUUCCUAUCAUUCAUACUUUUCAAUUCGCUGUUAAUUUCCACUCCUCGUUCCGUUAGUUAUGAAUUUCACUUUUAAUUUUGUUUUAUUGGGUUAAUCUAUCUUCUUAAUUCUGCUGGUUGCUUUUGUUUUGCUUGGUUUACUUUAUUUGAGUAGAUUGAUCACUGCUCGGAGCAGCAUGUGCUAGCUUCUGUUGCUUUGUUUGCCAAUUGAUUUCGUUAUUGCUGAAGAUUCUGCGCGAAAUGGAUUUGGUAUCCAGUUGCAAGGAAAAAUUGCAAUGUUUUCGUAUAAAAGAGCUCAAAGAUGUGCUCACUCAGUUAGGACUUUCAAAGCAGGGAAAGAAGCAGGAUCUUGUCGAUAGGAUAUUAUCUAUUCUCUCUGAUGAACAAGAAGUAGAUGGAAUGUGCGCUAGAAGCCAUGGAGAUCUGACUCAUACAGAAUCCACCUGUGUCCCCACAACCACCGGAGCCAUCAGACUCUAGCUCACAUGUGAUGACCAGUGGUUUAUUCACUGCUAAGUCAUCAUGGUGAGGACCUGAGAGUUUCCAAAAUGUGGGCUAAGAAGAAUGCUGUUGGAAAAGAACAGGUGGCAAAAUUUGUGGAUGACAUAUAUAGAAAAUUGCAGGCAGCGGGGGCUAUUGAUCUAGCAUCCAAGGGACAGGGUGCCUCAGAUUGCAGUAGUUUGAAAAUUAAACGUGAAGUUGAUGAUUCCUUUCAAGCUGAUACGAAGAUUCGCUGUCUGUGUGGAAGUUUAUUGGAAACAGAGUCAUUGAUAAAGUGUGAAGAUACAAGAUGUAGUGUGUCACAGCAUAUCAACUGUGUUAUUAUUCCAGAAAAACCUAUGGAAGGAAUCCCACCAGUUCCUGAUAAAUUCUAUUGUGAAAUAUGUCGACUCACUCGUGCCGACCCGUUUUGGGUUUCAGUCGCACACCCUUUGUUUCCUGUGAAGUUGACUACAACCAAUAUUCCAACUGAUGGAACCAACCCAGUACAAAGUGUGGAAAGAACAUUUCAACUCACUAGAGCAAACAAGGAGUUGGUAUCAAAAUCAGAAUAUGAUGUUCAGGUCUGGUGUAUGCUUCUGAACGACAAAGUCCCAUUCAGAAUGCAAUGGCCGCAAUAUACAGAUCUACAGGUUAAUGGUCUUCCUGUUCGUGCAAUUAACAGACCUGGGUCGCAAUUGCUUGGGGCUAAUGGUCGUGAUGAUGGUCCAAUUAUCACGCCAUAUACAAAAGACGGAAUUAAUAAGAUUUCCUUAACAGGGUGUGAUGCUCGCAUUUUCUGUUUAGGGGUUCGUAUUGUUAGAAGGCGCAAUGUGCAACAGAUCCUAGACAUGAUUCCAAAAGUGUCUGAUGGUGAGCGUUUUGAAGAUGCUCUUGCACGGGUCUGUUGUUGUGUUGGGGGUGGAAAUGCAAAUGAUGAUGCUGAUAGUGACAGUGAUUUGGAAGUGGUUUCAGAUACUUUUAGUAUCAAUCUCCGCUGUCCAAUGAGUGGUUCAAGAAUGAAGAUUGCGGGAAGAUUCAAACCCUGUGUUCACAUGGGCUGUUUUGAUCUUGAGGUUUUUGUGGAAAUGAAUCAACGAUCAAGGAAGUGGCAGUGCCCCACGUGCCUGAAAAAUUAUGCUUUGGAGAACAUCAUUAUUGACCCUUAUUUCAAUUGUAUCACUUCUAUGAUGAAAAAUUGUGGAGAAGAGAUCACAGAGGUUGAGGUGAAACCUGAUGGUUAUUGGCGUGUUAAGGCCAAGAGUGAAAGUGAAUGCCGGGAGUUAGGUAAUCUUGCUCAAUGGCACUGUCCUGAUGGAUCCCUUGCUGUUUCUACUGAUGCAGAAGUCAAGAGAGUGGAAAAUUUAAAACUCAAAGAGGAAGGUGUUUCAGAGAGUCCUAUUGGUUUAAGACUUGGCAUCAGGAAAAAUAGUAAUGGAGUUUGGGAAGUCAACAAACCUGAGAACACAAACACCUCUUCUGGUAAUAGAUUGAAUGGUGAUUUUGGAAAUGAUGAACAUGUUGUUAUUCCCAUGAGUAGCAGUGCUACUGGAAGUGGCCGGGAUGAUGAUGAUCCUAGUGUAAAUCAAGGUGGUGGUGGGCAUAUUGAUUAUUCUACUACCAAUGGGAUUGAGAUGGAUUCACUGUGUCACAAUAAUAUUGAUUCAGCUUAUGGAUAUACUGUUCACAACACUUCUGCUCCCAUGGGUGAUGCAGAAGUUAUUGUUCUUACUGAUUCAGAAGACGACAAUGAUAUAUUGAUGUCUUCAACAAUUGGGUACAAAAAUAAUCCAACUGGUGCUGCAGUUGAUGUUUACUCAAUGCCACAGCCCAUAAUUAUUGAUUCAUAUACAGAAGAUCACAAUCUAGGUGGAAAUUCAUGCUUGGGAGUUUUUAAUAAUCCUAAUGAAGAUGAUUUUGGGAUGCCCUCCCUCUGGCCUUUGCAUUCUGGAACUCAGCCAGGUUCAGGAUUCCAAUUAUUUAGUUCUGAUGUGGAUGUGUCAGAUGCAUUGGUCCAUUUGCAGCAUGGUGAUAUUAAUUGCUCCUCGUCACUGCAUGGUUAUACAUUGGCUCCAGAUACUGCUUUGGGAUCUAGUACUCUCAUACCAGACUCCUCUUCAGGUCGACCUGAUGCUGAUUUGAAUGAUGGCUUGGUUGACAAUCCAUUGGCAUUCGCCGGAGAAGAUCCCUCUCUUCAAAUUUUUCUCCCUACUAGACCAGCAGAUUCAUCUAUGCAGCCUGAACUGAGAGAUCACGCAGACAUGUCCAAUGGUGUCUGCACUGAGGAUUGGAUCUCUCUUAGACUUGGAGAUGGUGCUGGUGGAAGUAAUGGUGAUGCAUCCGGUACAAAUGGGUUGAAUUCCAGACCGCAAGUUACACCCAGAGAAAAUGCCACAGAGUCUUUGACAGAUACUGCUUCUUUGCUUCUUGGUAUGAAUGAUGUUAGAUCUGAGAAGGCAAGCAGGCAAAGGACAGAUAGCCCUUUCUCAUUUCCCCGCCAAAAACGUUCAAAACUGCAGAAAGUUGAGCAGCAUUUUUGGUCCUUAGGAAAUGGAAGUUGAUGUGGUAUGAGGCACCUCUGGUGGAGCAGAGCUACAAAAAUUUUCCGUCAAAAUGUUUGCAACUGUAGGAUAUCCUUUCCCUAUUGGUGGUUAAGGAUGUUGGCUGCAAUGGUUUCAAUUCUUUAUGCUUAAUAUUAAAGUUGUUCAUAGGACACUCGAAAAGUCAGGGGUAUGCUAUAAUUCCCCAGUUUUCAAGGUGGAUCUGAUGGUACUGGUGUAGUGCUGCUUCGUUGUCAAGAUGGACGUUCAGAUCUGAUAGUCAAAACUUUUUGAUGUGGUGGAGGGUUCCCCGUAAAAAUAUUAUAUCUGCAAUUUUGUCUCUGCUGAGAGCAAUCAACAUGUAAAUGUUAAGCCAACAGAUUCUAUAGUAAAAUAAAAAAUAGUUUAAUCUUAUUUACACCCAGGUUGACGCUUAAUUUUUGUAAUAUAUGGUUGCCGAUAUUUGUAAUAUAUUUAAGGUACUAAAGUUGCAUCCUGGAUUGUAAAUCCUAGUGAGGUUCCUACCUUCCUGUUUAUUUAGUUACAGUUAACUGUCUUGGUAUUCUUUUGAGCAGUUUAAGCAGGUGGAGUUAAAUAGUUGAACUAUAAGCUUGCACCUCUGGACAGAUGUUAUACAAAGGGCAAAUUAUGAUAUUCUGUUCUAUCAUAGGGUUCUGGUGAUGAAGUGAUAAACUGCUACUGUAAGGUCAUACUCUGGUCCGUUUGGACAUCGAAAAAUAAGGAUAUAUGUUAUGAUGUCUCUUCUUUU